AUGAAGGACGGAGACAUCGUUAUCACCGGCUUUUCGGCCUAUUUCCCCCAAGCGGAUCACCUGGUCGAGUUCAAGGAGAAGCUGUACGGGGGUGUCUACAUGGCCACUGAGGAUGACUCCCGCUGGCCUCCAGGAUACAACGGUAUGCCAAGAAUACACGGGAAGAUCAAAGACCUGUCUCGAUUCGACGCGCAGUUCUUCAGCAAAUACCCGAAGAUGGCUCACGUUAUGGACCCACAGUUGCGACUGCUGUUAGAGACGUCGUACGAGACCGUCAUCGACGCCGGUUACGACCCGGAGACGCUGCGGAAGCGCAAUAUCGGAGUCUUCGUUGGAAACACGAGCGCAGAGACAGCCGAGGCAUUCAGAGCGAACCCGACGAAGAUGUCAGGCUACGCCACAUUAGGAAGCCAUCGGUCCAUGUUCUCCAAUCGGAUUUCCUACUCGCUCGACCUACGAGGACCGAGCAUGACUAUUGACACAGCCUGCUCGUCAACGAUGACCGCCCUGAACGAAGCCGUGUUGGCACUUCGCUCGGGACGCUGCGAGGCGGCCAUAGUUGGAGGAUCGAGUAUCACCCUCAGUCCCAAUGUUAUGGCUAACUCCAUUAACUUGGGAGUGCGGUCAACAGAAGGAAUCAGCAGACCCUUCGAUUCAAACGCUGAUGGCUACGUUCGCAGUGAAACUGUUGGAGUAUUCUUUCUCCAACGGUUUUGUGACGCCCGACGUGUGUACGCCAAGGUGAUCAACGUCAGCGCGAAAACAGAUGGUUUCAAGGAAGAAG